AUGGCCGCUAACAUGCCGCCGAGGGCCCAGGCCGGGCAAAUGAUGCCGCCUCAGCACAACCAAGUCACUCAAGCCGUUUUAGCUAGGUUGACGUCUCAGCCUACGCCAGCGACCGGCUGGCAGGCUACACACAUCCAGCUGCCGGAACGCGUCCAAAAGACGUCAGCCUUGUACGAAGCUCGCCCAUUACCUGCAAAAAGUCUAGAGGCUGACAUUCACUCCAGGGCUACCAAUCUUAAGUUGGCUGGGCAAGUCGAGACCUGGCCAGAGGCGGUGAAUCUCGCGCUUGAUCUCGAACGGCGGGCCUUUAUGCAGUCCCCGGAUAAGGUGAGAAGCCCCCCUCUGCAUCACCAAACCGUCUUGGCUAACUUGGCUGACCAACCUCAGCCGACGUACGAGAACCUACUGGCUCAGCGAUUCCAACAACUUGUAGAACAGCGGCAGGCUCGUGCUCCUCUCCUCCAACAACAAAUGCAAGCCAAUGCGAUGAGGCAGGCACAGAUGGCCCAGCAACAGCAUCAGCUUCAACAGCACCAGCAGCAGCAACGACAACACCAGCAGCAGCAGCACCAGCAGCAGCAGCAGCAACAACAACAACAGCAGCAGCAGCAGCAAAUGAUGAUCAACCAGAUGGCCAUGCAAAGGGGAAUGGCGCAGCCAGGCUUUCAUCCCCAUCAACAUCCAGCUCAAGUUACCACAAUGCCGCAUCAAUCUCAACCGUUGCCCGUUGGUGUCCCUAACCCAACAAUGAUGCAUACUCGGUUAGGUCAACUUGCCAUGCAGAUUACACAAACCCUUCCUACCGCGUUGAUGGACCUCACCGACCGGGACAGGCCGCACAUCAAGAACUUCGCUUUGAAGAGAUUCGUCGCCAUUCCUGAGCCCCUAAGAGACCCACUACGGGAAAAGCACGCCCAACAGAUUCGAGCAAUGGGAUUGGAUCCGUUGAUGAUCUUCUUCGAACAUCAAAGUUUGAUGCAAUCACGUCAAGGCAUGGCACCGCAUCCUCAACAAGUUCCUCAACCGCACAACCAAGUUAAUCCUGCUUUGAUGAAUCCGCCGGGCCAGUCUCAUGGUCUCCUCCCGCCUAACCUUGAGGCAAUCCGAAACGAGCAGCAAAUGGGCCUGCGUGCCCAGGAAGCCGGCCAGGUUGUCGUGCCAGCAAGUUCAGGUCCCGGGGCCCCCGGACGCAAUGCCACCCCUGGCCCCAUGAUCAACCACAUACACACGGCGGCUGCUCAGCAAGGACCAAACCAAACGCCGCGGCCACCGCCUUCGGCGCCGCCCGGAUUCCACCACCAACAGUUACAGGCACAGGCACAGUCCCCCGCUCCCAUGGCCCAGGGGAUGAGGACAACGCUGAACCCGUCGCCGCCAUCAAUGCAGGGUAACAUCAACGCCAGCAAUCCUGCGAUGGCCGCGAUGCUGGGUAAUCUGAAUCCGAACAGUGGCUUGCCUGAAAGCCAGAUCAAGGAUAUGAUGGCCAAGUGGGAACAGCAGAGGAACACCACGGGCAACGCUCAACAGUUACCCAAGCAUCCUCAACUGAUGGGCGCUGUCAACACCCCCAACCAACCGCAGCCCGGUGGUAUGAUGCCGCCUGGCCCUGGUCAACCACAGCUGAACGCCCUUACCACCAACCCUCGGGCGAUACAAAUGGUCGACAAUUUGGAUAUUCCCGCAGAUGCGCUAAAUGCAUUGCGUGGGAUCAAAUGGGCCUGGCACCAGACAGCAGGCCUACCUCCUCAUGUUCAGGACAAGGUCGCCCAGCAGCAACAGAUCCGGCAGCUAUUACUUCAAAGGCAGCAGCGAGCACAGACUGCCUCCAUGGGCGGAGCUCCGCAGAACCCCAACGGGCCCGGCCCUUCACAGCAACCUAACGGAAUGCCGCUCAUACCCCCAAAGACGAACGUUCCUCCUCAUAUCCUCCCGCAGGAACUAGAGAUGGCCCGCAAUAGGUUUCCUGGCCACUCGGAUCAGGCGCUUCAAGGUAUGAUACGGAAGCACAAGAAGCUGCAGGCCAUGAAAAAUGGCGCCGGUAUGAAGCCGAUGGUGCAAAUGCCCCCCGCAGGGUCUAACCAACCAAAUACGGCCUCUUCUGGACCAGCGGCGCAAACACACGCCCAGUAUGCCGCGCAAACCGGCCCAUCACAGCAGCCCCCAUCGUCGCAGCAGCCGCAGCAGCCGCAAGGGCAAUUGCAGGCGCAACCACAGGCGCAACCACAACCACAAGCGCCACCACCAGCGCACCAUCAUCAACAGCAACAGCAGCAGCAGCAGCAACAACAACAACGGCAGCAGCAACAACAACAGCAACAGCAGCAGCACCAACAGCAGCAGCACCAACAACAGCACCAACAGCAGCAGCAGCAAGUGCAACCACCGGUCAAUAACCGACAACCUGUUCCCCAGAAGCCGACGGACGGCGGUGAUUCAACUUCUGCGACUCCCGCGUUGUCUGCCUCGAGGAUUGGCCAGCAACCUCGAACUGCCCCGCCAAACCCAUCACCGGUCGCGGCCCAAAAGAACCUCAAACGACCACAUCCGGGUGAUGUGACCGAGGUACCGCGCCAAAAUGGCGUUCCCAUGCAGCAAACCUUGUCGCAGGCGAAGCAACGUAGUGCCCCCCGUCAACCGGUCAGUGACCGAUUCAAGAGUAUAUACGCAGAUGAGGCAAGACAGGCGUCAAAAGAAUAUGAGCAGAGCCCGUUGCAGCCGGUUCACAUGCCGAUGGAUAUGUAUCAAUCUGCGGUGCUCAAAAUACGCGAAGUCAACCAAAAGAUGAAUGAAAUGACCACUAUUCCGGGGGCUUUUGAUCGAAUGGCAAACGAUGAAAGCUUGGUCAGAAAGUUUACCCGUUGUACUCUGAAAAUCAAAGCGCAGUCAGAUAAAACGACAGGCCAGCCUCGUAACCCCUUACAUAUCACUGUCCAUGAGAUUGAUGAGAUUAAGCUGUUUUUCGAUGGUCUUAUCAACCAAUUUAAAUCAGGGGCUUCUCAGUCCGUAGCUCAGUCUACGGAGCAAGCAGCAGGCCAGCCUCAACCACCUCAUCAACGUGCAGGGCCAUCUACGCUGUCUAACGCUGCGCCCUCGGACAAGCAAACACAGGUGCCCAAACAAGCACCGAAUCGGGCCCCUAACAAGACCACGCAACCUCCGGCUGCGCCGACCACGACACAACCACCGUUCGCGCUCGGACAUGGCCCUGGGAUGUCUCCCGCUGGUAAUCCUGUCUAUCUUAACAAACCUCCCAUGGGAGCGACAGAUUUGCAGUGGCCUCCUCGGAAGAAGGCCAAAACCGGUGGGCCUCAAACAACGUCCCCAGCGGCUCAGCCAACCGCCAGUGCCUCGCCCCAGAUCCAGGCACCUUCGCCAGAAACAAAGCGACAACAGGCCCCAGAGCCGACGAAGCCGCAGCCGGAUCCUUACCUCUGCCCUGAAGUUGGCUGUGAAGGAAGUGUGGUUGGCUUCGCGACAGCGGAAUCGCGUGAUCUUCAUUACCAUGAAGAGCACGUGAAACCAAAUGAGGAUCCUGUUAAGUUCUUGCAGGAGAACAUGGCUCUGGGUCUAGGCUUGGACGCUCACGGUAACACCAAAGCGAUUUCAACUGUUGCGGAGGGUAUUCCUUCAGGCGCGUCCGGUAGGGCUUUGAAUAGUCCUAAGCAAGCUCAGACGCCCAUGAAUAAGCAGGAAUUGGCAGCGACUCCCAUGUCUCGCGACGCCUCGAUGAGGAGGCAGGGCAGCAGACUAGGGGCUAGGGGGCCUGACGCUGCGGGCACGCCAGGCAGUGGCAACGGGGCUCCUGUGCACACGACAAUGACUGAUGAUGCGUGGGCAGCAACCGGAGUCAAUCCCCAGCAUCUUUCCAACUUGUUUGCGCCGCUUGACCCGGCCCAAACGUCUGACUUCAGCAUGUCGUUGUCAGAGACACCGAAUGACACGCCAGAGUCAAGUAAGACUUCUGAGCCAAGCAGCGAUAUAUCGGACGGCGUGGGUCUUGAUAUCAACAUGGACUGGGCCACCAUGGACCCGGAAUUCAUGGAGAACUUGAACAACGUCAGCCUUGACGGCUAUGAACCAACGGCGUUUGAUAGGGAGAUGAUGGUUAACGAGGCGUAUGCUAACGUGACGUUUGAUGACUCGGCCACGGAUUUUUCCAAGCCUUUCAAGCUUGACACGUCGCUCUACAUGCUGAACACAAACUGA